CAUACUUGGUUGAUCCUAAAAUCCAGCUACCUUCCCUUUUUCUAAGACAAAACCAAAAGAAGAUAGUUUCUUUAUUUAUAUACUAAAAAUUAGAUUCUUUCCUGUAAACUUCCUCCCUUAAGUUUUCUUGCAAAACACAAUUCAAAUCGUCUUACUAGGCAUUCUUCAAGCAAAACCUCUUUGUUAAUUAAUUAGUGGAAUAAAUAAAUAGGAAAAAAUCUUUAUUUAUUUUUAUUUACUUUUUUUCUCUCGAUUAUUCUUAAGAUAACUACUUGUGAGUUGUUCGGUUACAGCACCUCUUGCGAGUCAAGUAAUUGAGUAAAAUCUCUUAUUACCUACUUGGAUGAUUUCUUGAAGCUUCUAAAGAAAUACCCUUUUAUCCAUAUCAUCUCUGUAACGUCCUUCUUCUUACUCUUCUUCAUCGUCUUGGCGUUUCUUCUGCAUCUUUUUUUGCGGUUCACGUGUUGAUUGCUUCUGGGUCUAUCCUUGUUCGUUUAACUGUUUUAAGGUUGUCUCGGGUUGAGGUUUUCUCUGAUAAACAAAACACAAAGCAAGAAACAUAGUCUUUAAUUGUUGUCUUCUUGAGCAGACGAAUAUUCGAGAAGGUUAAUCCAAGUUAAGUUUGAGAGGAAGAACUAAAACCAUUCACCACAGAAGAUCGAGGCUAGAGACGGUUAUGGACGUCAUGUCUUACCAGAAUCAGGCAGAGGGUUUUGUUAAACGCUAUCUGUUAGCAGAUCCAUGUCUUCCUUAUACUUCUGUUCUUACAGGAAUCUUUCUCUGCAAGAUGGUCUAUGAUCUUAUGGAGUCAUUCAGCUCUAUUCAUAUCAAAUCAUACUCAGCUCUCACAAAAAUGAAGAGAAUUGAAUGGAACAACAGGGGAAUUUCUACAGUCCAUGCGAUAUUUAUCUCAUUGAUGGCACUCUACUUUGUGUUCUUCUCUGAUUUGUUUUCUGACCAAACAAGUCUUCAAGGCCUUAUGGUGUUUCGUAGCUCGCCUCUAUCUAACUUUGGUUUAGGAGUAUCAGUUGGUUACUUUCUUGCUGAUCUUGGAAUGAUCAUUUGGCUUUACCCUUCUUUAGGGGGAGUAGAAUAUAUUUUCCAUCACAGCUUAUCUGGUGUGGCAGUAGCGUAUUCUCUGUUCUCAGGAGAGGCUCAGCAUUACACAUACAUGGUUUUAAUAUCUGAAGUGACUACACCAUCUAUCAAUCUUAGAUGGUACCUUGACACUGCUGGCUUGAAGCGGUCUAGAGCUUAUCUUAUUAAUGGAGUUGCUAUUUUCUUGGCUUGGUUGACAGCAAGAAUACUUCUGUUCAUCUACAUGUUUUACCAUGUCUACAUACACUAUGAUCAGGUGGUACAGAUGAAUACAUUCGGUUAUCUACUGGUAUUCGUAGUACCGAUUGCGUUGAGUGUAAUGAACUUGAUGUGGUUUGGUAAGAUAGUGAAGGGAUUGAAGAAAACACUUGAGAAAAGACAGUGAAGCAAAUAUUUUCUGUUGAAUGUAAAUAUAAAGCUCUUAUGAGAAAAUGUGUUAGGUUCAAAGCAACAAGGUUUUUUACUUUUAGCUUAAACACUAAUUAUGUUCCAAAAAGAUCUCAAAUUUACUUCAGAAAUCAGAAUCUUAUUC